GUUGGGUUCAAGCGUCCCUGGCCACCCUCAACUGCUAAAGUCCAUCAGAUUCUGCUUGAUAUCACUAGAGAGAAUACAGGGGAAGAAGAUGCCCUCACUCCACAGAAGAAGCUCCUCAACUCUAUUGAUAAAGUCGAGAAGGUUGUGAUGGAAGAGAUUCAGAAAAUGAAGAGCACUCCUAGUGCUAAGAGAGCAGAAAGGGAGAAAAGGGUUCGUACGCUAAUGUCGAUGCGAUGAUGACAUUGACUGCACAGUGAGUACAUCAUCUUCUGAGGAUAUCAAAGAGAGGUGGAUCAUCUACUGGUAAUAUCUUCAUGAGCGUGUGGAUUUGUUAAGACUUUUUGGUAUCAUCUACUCUGAUGAUAUAUUACUAGAAAGGGGUCAAUCAUCACUCUGAUGAUAUAUAGCAGGUAGCUUCUAUCAUUUUUCUGAUGAUAAGACAUAGUACGAGAUUCAUCUUCUGAUGAUAGCAUCAUAGGGGAGAUAACUGUUAGAUAGUUCACGGAUUUAUGUUGAGAACCUUUUUUGCUUUUAGGCUUUUGUAAUUUCCCUCACUAGACAUGUAUGAUGAUGUCUUCUAAAUUCAAGUAAACAGAUUGUACAGACGUUUCCAAUUUUGGUUUUGUUGGUGGAAAUUGCAGAUGUUCUUUUAGCCUGAGAUUUCUUGAUAUCUGUAAUUGUCACAAUCUUGGUGAAGGCCUUCUUGUUUCUAAACAAUAUCAAUAUCCUGAAUGUAACACUUUUUUCAUAUAUGUUACGUCACAGACUCACACAUAUUUGGUAAAAGGUCACAUCUGUUGUUUGUAUUCUUUACAAUGAGAAUCUAAUAAACAAGAUUCGUCUGUGUCUGGUUACUAAACUAUAAAUACAAGCACACAUUAAAAACUGUAUCAAUAAAACCUGCAAUGGAUCCAAAAUUAAACACUAACCUUAUCUUCAUCAAAUCCUUUGUUUUUGCAUUCAUGCUUUAUGCUCUCUUCAAAUGGUUCUUGAAGAAACAAGAUUCAAUGGCUGCUACGAAGCUGCCACAGCCCUCAGCUUUACCAUUCAUUGGUCACCUUCAUUUGAUAGGCCAAGUAUUGCCUGUCUCAUUCCAGAAUCUAGCUCGCAAGUAUGGCCCACUCAUGGAGAUACGUCUCGGCGCUUCUAAGUGCGUUGUGGUCUCAAGCUCUUCGGUGGCGAGAGAGAUUUUCAAGGAGCAAGAGCUUAAUUUCUCCUCGAGACCUGAGUUUGGUUCUGCUGAGCAUUUCAAGUAUAGAGGGUCCAGAUUCGUCCUUGCGCAAUAUGGAGAUUACUGGAGGUUCAUGAAAAAGAUGUGCAUGACUAAGCUUCUUGCUGUCCCACAGCUGGAGAAAUUCGCUGACAUCCGUGAGGAGGAGAAACUGAAGCUGGUCGAGUCUGUGGCUAAGUGUUGCAGAGAAGGGUUGCCUUGUGACUUGAGUAGCCAGUUCAUAAAAUACACCAACAAUGUCAUCUGCAGGAUGGCGAUGAGCACGAGGUGUUCAGGUACUGAUGAUAAAGCGGAAGAGAUAAGGAAGCUGGUGAAGACAAGUUUGGAGCUUGCGGGGAAGAUCAGUGUAGGAGAUUUGUUGGGACCAUUCAAGGUACUGGAUUUUUCCGGGAACGGGAAGAGAUUAGUGGCUGUAAUCGAAAAAUAUGACCUGCUUGUAGAGAGGAUUAUGAAGGAACGUGAGGCAAACACGACAAAGAAAGAUGGUACCAGAAAGGACAUUUUGGAUAUAUUGUUGGAAACUUACAGAGAUCCCACUGCUGAAAUGAAGCUAACGAGGAAUGACAUGAAAUCUUUCCUGCUGGAUGUUUUCAUGGCGGGAACAGAUACAUCAGCAGCAGCAAUGCAGUGGGCAAUGGGGCAACUACUAAACCAUCCACAAGCGUUCAACAAGUUAAGAGAAGAAAUCAAUACCGUUGUUGGAAGUAAAAGAAUGGUCAAUGAAUCAGACGUUCCUAACCUCCCUUACCUCCGAGCUGUCCUAAGGGAAACUUUGAGGCUCCACCCUUCAGCUCCUCUGAUCAUAAGAGAAUGCGCAGAAGACUGCCAGGUGAACGGGUGCCUUGUCAAGUCAAAAACACGUGUACUCGUAAAUGUCUAUGCAAUCAUGCGAGAUUCAGAACUAUGGAAGGAUGCAGACAGAUUCAUUCCCGAGAGAUUUCUAGAGAGCUCUGAAGAGAAGAUAGGUGAACAUCAGAUGGAGUUCAAGGGACAGAAUUUCCGUUACCUUCCGUUUGGGAGUGGAAGAAGAGGAUGUCCAGGAGCAUCCCUUGCCAUGAAUAUGAUGCAUAUAGGUGUGGGUUCAUUGGUGCAGCGCUUCGACUGGAAGAGUGUUGAUGGACAGAAGGUCGAUCUGAGCCAAGGUUCUGGUUUUUCUGCUGAGAUGGCUCGACCACUUGUGUGCAACCCUGUGGAUCACUUUAAUACCUUCUAACGAAGUGCUAUUUUACCCAAGAAGUAUAUGUAUAAAAGAACCGUGGUUCAGUAUCGUUUCAAAGCUCUUACAUGAAACUUGCUUUUCAACAUGGUCCCUUACAUCAAUAUGAUAAAUAAUACAUCUGCGUACUGUAAGUCUGUAACUACA